AUGGAUCCUAAUAGUAACAGUUCUAGUGAAACAUUACGCCAAGAAAAACAGGGUUUCCUAGACAAAGCUCUUCAAAGAGUGAAGGGCAUAGCACUGCGACGAAACAACAGUAACAAAGACCAUACAGCAGAUGAUACAGCAAGUAGCAUACGGACUCCAACAGGCUUGCAAUUGCAGGAUUUGGACAGGCAAUCUAAUAUGACAUCUAUGUUUACGGACGACAUUUGCACCAUAGACGAUAACUCAGUCUUAUUUUCAGAGCCUCCACAGAAACAAUCUAUGAUGAUGUCCAUAUGUGUCGGUGUCUUUGUUGCAGUUGGUGGAUUUCUAUUUGGUUAUGAUACAGGUCUGAUCAAUAGUAUAACAUCCAUGAACUAUGUGAAGUCACAUGUAGCUCCUAAUCACGAUUCGUUCACCGCCCAACAAAUGUCCAUCUUGGUGUCUUUUUUGUCAUUAGGAACUUUUUUUGGAGCUUUAACUGCUCCAUUUAUAUCCGAUUCGUACGGUAGGAAGCCUACUAUCAUUUUCAGUACAAUCUUCAUCUUCUCUAUCGGAAAUUCUUUACAGGUAGGCGCUGGAGGAAUCACAUUAUUAAUUGUAGGAAGGGUCAUUUCAGGCAUCGGUAUAGGCGCAAUCUCAGCCGUUGUUCCAUUAUAUCAGGCAGAAGCUACGCACAAAUCAUUAAGAGGUGCCAUUAUUUCUACCUAUCAAUGGGCCAUAACCUGGGGUUUGCUAGUGUCAAGUGCAGUGUCUCAAGGGACACAUGCAAGAAAUGAUGCAUCCUCAUAUCGGAUUCCGAUAGGAUUGCAAUAUGUUUGGUCGUCGUUUCUCGCUAUCGGGAUGUUUUUUCUACCAGAGAGUCCGCGUUAUUACGUUUUAAAAGACAAGUUAGAUGAAGCAGCUAAAUCUUUAUCGUUUCUGAGAGGUGUACCAGUCCAUGAUUCUGGGUUACUGGAGGAAUUAGUUGAAAUAAAGGCAACAUAUGACUAUGAAGCAUCUUUUGGUUCUUCUAAUUUCAUAGAUUGUUUUAUCUCGAGUAAAAGUAGGCCGAAGCAAACUUUAAGGAUGUUUACGGGAAUUGCUCUUCAAGCAUUCCAGCAAUUUUCAGGUAUCAAUUUUAUAUUUUACUACGGCGUCAAUUUCUUCAACAAGACAGGAGUCAGUAAUAGUUAUUUGGUUUCAUUCAUAACCUACGCUGUUAAUGUUGUCUUUAAUGUGCCUGGCUUAUUUUUUGUGGAAUUUUUUGGUAGGCGUAAGGUCCUAGUUGUCGGGGGUGUUAUCAUGACUAUAGCUAACUUUAUUGUAGCUAUUGUUGGUUGUUCCUUAAAAACUGUAGCUGCCGCAAAAGUUAUGAUAGCAUUCAUAUGUUUAUUCAUAGCUGCCUUUUCCGCCACAUGGGGUGGUGUUGUUUGGGUUAUUUCAGCAGAAUUGUACCCACUGGGUGUGAGAUCUAAGUGUACAGCUAUAUGCGCUGCUGCUAACUGGCUUGUAAACUUUAUUUGUGCUUUGAUUACCCCUUAUAUUGUGGAUACAGGGUCUCAUACAUCAUCGUUAGGUGCAAAAAUAUUCUUUAUUUGGGGCUCCUUAAAUGCAAUGGGGGUUAUAGUGGUUUACUUGACCGUUUAUGAGACGAAGGGUUUGACGUUAGAAGAAAUUGACGAAUUAUAUAUUAAAUCAUCCAGUGGAGUUGUGUCGCCAAAAUUCAAUAAAGAUAUUAGAGAACGCGCACUGAAAUUUCAAUACGAUCCUUUGCAAAGAUUGGAAGACGGCAAGAAUACUUUUGUUGCUAAACGAAAUAAUUCUGAUGAUGAAACACCAAGAAAUGAUUUUCGAAAUACGAUAUCGGGGGAAAUGGAUCAUAGUCCCAAUCAAGAACAAGUUCAUUCUAUUCCUGAACGUGUUGACAUCCCUACUAGCUCAGAAAUACCUCAAAGCCCCGAAAAUAUUAAUGGCAUUGCAGCUCCUAUAAUACCUCCUUUGCAAGACAUUUCAAUACCGCAAGCGCCAGAACUUGUUGAAGUUCAAACCAAGUACGUGGACUUAGGAAAUGGUCUGGGUCUCAACACGUAUAAUAGAGGGCCUCCCUCACUCUCGAGUGAUUCAAGCGAAGAUUACACAGAAGAUGAAAUAAUCGGGCCCUCAUCCCAAGGCGAUCUAAGCAAUAGAAGUACUAUGAAUGAUAUUAAUGACUAUAUGGCACGUCUCAUCCACAGUAACUCUACCACAAGUAACACUACAGAUAAAUUCUCAGGUAACCAAAGUACAAUUCGUUACCACACAGCUUCCUCACAUUCGGAUACUACUGAAGAAGACAGCAAUUUAAUGGAUCUGGGAAACGGGCUUGCUUUGAAUGCUUAUAACAGAGGUCCACCUUCAAUUUUAAUGGAUUCCAGUGAUGAAGAAGCAAAUGAUAAUGAGGAAAUUGAUAAUGUGGACUCAGUUCAAGAUUCAGUUGGUAUGAAAGAACGUAUGGCGCAGUUUGCGCAGAGCUACAUUGACAAGAGAGGCCCUCCGGUACCCGAAACUCCAUCUUAUGUUUUGAGCACUCCUCUCCCUGUGUUGGCUGAUCCCAAUAAAAAUAAUAAUGAAGACCCCCACUCGAGUGAAGAGAACUCGACUAAUCAACCUGUAAAUGAAAAUAAUGAUAAGAAAUAA